AUGGGUCAGGGAGGGCACUCGCUGAGAGAUUUGACGUCACUCUGCAGUUCCUUCUCCAACAAGCAGCAUGGCUCUACGACCGACAGCUCUCUCAGGUUCGGGCCCAGAUGCGUAAAGUCGGCACAACGCAGUCCAACUCUCCUUCCCCAGCUCCGGGAUCUAUCUCAGGGAGUGCGGCUUUGGGUCCUCCCGGAAAGGGGACACCGAGCGCAGGUAGAUGAGUUCGAUCGAGAGCCCCCACGCGGCUUGCAUCGCAUCAGAAAGAGACACUCCCGCAACGAGGUAAGCUUCAACAAUGCAGUUCAUGCCUUAACUCAACAUAACACGUCUCUAGGGCAACUCCCACGGCGAACAAGCUCUUCGACGACAGUCAACCAGGUCAAGACAUCAAGGGAUCCUCUUCCCUCCGAAUCUCCAGCUACAGAGGCGAAGGAACAGAAAUGGGCCAGCUAUGGCCGUCGUCCUUCUACAGGCAGACGAGAACCAGCACCCGCGCCCCAUCUCCACAAGUCGCCCACGCUCGAGGAGGAAGACCUGACUUCUAGCCCAUCUGAGUCUGAAUCCGAUCUUGAGGAGACGACAGUCAGCCGAAGAGGCCCACGGUUCCGUCACUUUGGCAAGUUCUCCACCCAUCGACAGGGUCUCCGGGACGAUGAUGAGGAUGACGAUGAGUCCCCAGCAUUCCUUCCCGUUUCCCGUGGGCCUGAACACGCACCACGCGAGAGCGCAGGCCCGGAUCUAAAUGCAACCCUCCGGAUGGAGUCUGAAGACCCAUCAGCACCACGGAGGCGUGUGGAACAGAAUCCCAUCCCGCGGAAAUCAGUAACUGCCGAGUCCUCAACUAGCUCUGUGAGUUCAGGUGCUCCAGCUACCUUGCCGUCGGCGGAAGCGCGGCGGCGUGUUCCUCCUGGGACGUUCAGUCCCAGGCGAGCGGCCGACCUCGCACAUCUAAGCCCGCGGCGAUCUGUUGCAUCAAGAGACGCCAGUGACACGCCAAGUAUGGGGAGCAGUUUCAGUGAUUUGGACGAUGCAAGUGUGACCCAAUCGGCACUGGAAGAGGCGCUGUUGAGUAACAUGCAACACGGAGGGAUGGCCAGUCGGAUGAGCACCAUCAGCCAAGCCAUCCGGAGCCGUUAUCUGUGA